CAGCAUGUAUUAAGAUCCUUAAAAAUAUUUUAGAUGCCCUCCCUUAGGCCCAUUUCCUGGGGCUGGCAGGGGGUGUCAUCCGAAGUCUGGUGCUUGGUGGUUCUGCAUUUGGGGGAAGGGAGGAGGCAGUGCCCCUGCCCUGAGGGGGCGAGUGCUGGGUGACAGAGACAAAGGACUGUGUGAUGACGACCUGUCACAAUGGUUAGGAGAGGAUAAAAGCAGCUCCCACAGUGUGGUUUACACCAAGGUGGACAGGGAGAGAGACUCCUAGUGGGAUUGCGACUGGUAGUUCAGGCUGUGGAAUCAAAACACAAAAGCAGCUGUGAACCGGUGAGUCAGGCUUGAGGUGAGGGCCCUCUUAAGCCAGCUCCCACAUUUGUGGGCCCUGACAUCUGCGCACCCCAACAUCUAAGCAUCCCGACAUCUCCGCACAACAUCUGCGUGUCCCGACAUCUUCGCGCCCCGACAUCUCCUUACACCGUCUUCAGUCAGGCUUCUGCGUACCCCGACAUCUACACGCCCAGACAUUUGGAAGCCUGACAUCUCCGCGUCCAGACAACCCCACCCCCUAGAGGAGGCGUGGCCUGGGCGCAGGUGCCUGAUUGUUCCUGGCAUUGAGCAGUUGGUAACCAGCGCCUCACACAUCCUCAGUCCCUUCGGGACAAAAAGGGGCCUGCAGAGGACUACGACCGUCCACGCGGAAGUGAGACCAAGGGAACGCAGCAAGCCCUGCGAGGUGUUGUAAAAAGGUGUGGAGGAGCCCCAGGAGCUGCCUUCGUAAGACAACCAUGAGCAGUCGAUCUAGGUUACCAUAUUACACAGCUGAAAGCUGCCCUGCGUUGGGCAUGUUUAAUAUCUCCAUGGGAAAGCUGCAGCGACAACUGUUCAGGGGAGAGUAUACUAUAUUCGAGUGCGCACCAAUGUUUGAGAGUGACUUUAUCCAGAUCAGCAAAAGAGGAGAAGUGAUGGAUGUGCACAACCGUGGCCGAAUGGUGACAGUGGGCAUUGUCUGCACCAGCCCCAAGCUCAAAGUGCCUGAUGUCAUGCUGCUGGCACGACCAAUUGCAAGCCGUGAGGAAUAUGCCACUUGCGGCUGUGCCAUGCAGGGGAAAGGCCACAAGUCUACACAGACCUUGGAGCUAACUAGACUGCUCCCCUUGAAGUUUGUAAAGAUAUCCAUCCAUGAUGGUGAAAAACAGCAGCUCCGCCUGAAGCUUGCCACUGGCCGCUCUUUUUACCUUCAGUUGUGUCCCUCUUCAGAUGCAAGAGAAGAUCUUUUUGUUUACUGGGAAGAUCUUGUUUACCUCCUGAGACCACCAGUGGAGGUUUACAGUGGUACCCAGGCCAUCCCAGUUGAAGACGCAAUGGACGUACCUGUAUUUGAGGAAGAGGAUGAGAGCCCAGAAGCACGCACCAUGGAGAUGUGUGGAAAAGGGGACCAAGAACAGAUCAGCAUCAGGAGCCUUCACAUGGAUCCUGAGGUGUUUGGGGUCACCUCUUUUGAUUAUGCUGGGGAGGAAGAAAUCUAA